GCUGGGGAUAAAACCUUGAGCUUGGGAGAGGAGAGGGACAUUUUGCAGCGAGAUGGCAAGGGGGACGGUGGCCACAUACUUACACGGAGUCCUUCUCCUGGCUCUGUGGAAACCCUCACUGCAAGGAGGCGUAUACAUACCAGCUGGUGGUGCUACAGGAGGAGCUGGAGCUGGCAUAGGAGCUGGGGCAGGGCCUGGAACAGGAUUUGGACCAGGUGGGACUGGAACAGGAUUCGGACCUGGUGGGACUGGAACAGGAUUUGGACCAGGUGGGACUGGAACAGGAUUCGGACCGGGUAGAGGAGGUGGACCAGGAGGAACGGGUGCUGGUUUAGGAAGUUUUGGACCGGGAGCCGGUGGAGGCAGCUAUGGUGGGCUAGGACCAGGAGGUAUUGGUCCAGGUGGUGUUGGACCAGGAGGAGUUGGACCAGGUGGUGUUGGACCAGGAGGAGUUGGACCAGGUGGUGUUGGACCUGGAGGAGUUGGACAAGGAGGUUUCAGGCCUGGCACCUUUGGUCCAGGCAGUGGCGGACUUGUUGUACCUGGAGGUGUUGGUACUGGUGGAAAGCCUCCAAAAACAGGGGCUGGCUAUGGGGUUCAAGGAGCAGGACAAGGAGUUGGAGGUGUAGCAGGAGGACUAGGAGCAGGCGGCACUGGGCCAGGUGGUGUUGGUCCUGGAGGCUACGGAACUGGAUCUGGAGGAACUGGUCCAGGUGGCUUUGGACCAGGUGGUGUUGGUCCUGGAGGCUAUGGAACUGGACCAGGAGGAGCUGGUCCAGGUGGUUUUGGACCAGGUGGUGUUGGUCCUGGAGGCUAUGGAACUGGACCAGGAGGAGCUGGUCCAGGUGGUUUUGGACCAGGUGGUGUUGGUCCUGGAGGAUAUGGACCUGGGUCGGGAGGAGCUGGUCCAGGAUAUGGAGGUCAGGGGGGUGGAACAGGCUACGUCCCUGGAGCUGGCUACGGAGGAUUUGGAGGUGGUUAUGGACCAGGUGGUAUUGGUCAAUACCCAGGACCUGGUGGGACUGGUCCCAAACCCCCUAAAACAGGCGGUGGGACAGGUUACGGACCUGGUGGUGCAGGAGUUGGGCUUGGAGGACUAGGGAUUCGGCCUGGAGGGGCGGGAUAUGGACCUGGUGGGGCAGGAGUUGGGCCUGGGGGUGCUGGUUAUGGUCCUGGUGGCACAGGAUUUGGACCUGGUGGGGCAGGAGUUGGGCCAGGUGGGACAGGACUUGGACCUGGUGGGGCAGGGGUUGGGCCUGGUGGUACAGGAGUUGGACCUGGUGGUGCAGGGGUUGGGCCUGGUGGAACAGGAUUUGGACCCGGUGGAGCAGGAGUUGGGCCUGGUGGAACAGGAUUCGGACCUGGUGGGGCAGGGGUUGGGCCUGGUGGAACAGGAUUUGGACCUGGUGGGGCAGGGGUUGGGCCUGGUGGUGCAGGAUAUGGCCCAGGUGGAUCGGGGGUUAGUACUGGUGGAACAGGAAUUGGACCAGGUGGGGCAGGAGUGGGGCCUGGGGGUGUUGGAUAUGGGCCUGGAGGAACAGGAUUUGGACCUGCUGGGACAGGGGUUGGGACUGGUGGAACCGGAUUUGGACCUGGUGGUGCAGGAGGAGUGUUGCCACAGACUGGUACUACCGGGGGAGGACCUGGAGGAAAGACUGGUGGUAAAGCAUCAAAACAAGUUCCAGGCAUUGGGGUGCCUGGACUCUAUCAAGGUGGAUUUGUACCAGGCCAAGGAUUUGGAGGCCGCGGUGUUCUUCCUGGAGUGGCCACAGGAUCUGGACUUGGACCUCAGACUGGAGCUGGAGUACUCGGUCAAGGUGGUGCUGGACCAGGAGGAGCAGGCAAUGGUCGAGGACAGCCGUUGCCUGGGGUGUUCCGGGGCUACCCUCUCAUAUCACCAAAAACAGGGGUAGGCAAAUCAAAGAACAAGAAUCCAGCCAAAGCUGCAGCUAAAUAUGGUGGAGCUGGAGCUGGAGGAGGCAUACUUGGUCAAGGAGGAACUUUGGGGAGUGGGGUAGGAAGAGUCCCUGGAGGAGGAGUAGGAGUGACACCUGGAGGUGGAGUUGGAACAGGAGGUGGCCCUGGAUUUGGAGGCGGAGUUGGAACAGGAGGUGGCCCUGGACUUGGAACAGGAGGUGGACCUGGAUUUGGAGGCGGAAUUGGAACGGGAGGUGGCCCUGGACUUGGAACAGGAGGUGGACCUGGAUUUGGAGGCAGAGUUGGAACGGGAGGUGGCCCUGGACUUGGAACAGGAGGUGGACCUGGAUUUGGAGGCGGAGUUGGAACAGGAGGUGGACCUGGAUUUGGAGGUGGAGUUGGAACAGGAGGUGGACCUGGAUUUGGAACAGGAGGCGGCCCUGGAUUUGGAAGUGGAGUUGGAACAGGGGGUGGCCCUGGAGUUGGAACAGCAGCUGGCCCUGGAUAUGGAGGUUAUGAUUACAUCUCAGCCAAAGCACGCAAAUAUGGCAUUGGAGGCACUGGUACAGGUGGACGCAGCACAGCAGGGGGGCCCUCCGGUACUGGGGCAACUGCUUCAGGCACUGGUACAACUGGAGGACUGGGAGGAGGAGCUGGCCUUGGCACUGGUGUUGGACCUGGCUCUAGGAUUGGUUUUGGUCCUGGUGGUGCUAGCACUGGGACAGGUGGUCUUGGCUAUGGUCCUGGUGGUGCUGGCACUGGGCCUGGUGGUCUUGGCUAUGGUCCUGGGGGUACUGGCACUGGGCCUGGUGGUCUGGGCUAUGGUCCCGGGGGUGCUGGCACUGGGCCUGGUGGUCUUGGCUAUGGUCCUGGUGGUACUGGCACUGGGUCUGGUGGUCUUGGCUAUGGUCCUGGUGGUACUGGCACUGGGCCUGGCGGUCUUGGCUAUGGUCCAGGAGGUGCUGGCACUGGAACAGGAGGAGCAGGAACAGGACCAGGGGGCUAUGAUGCCAAUGCCAAAGCUCGUAAAUAUGGGAUGUUAAGUGGGGCACUUGGGGGUUCAGGAACAGGUACUGGAGUCAGGCCUGGCGGUGCUGGCUAUGGACCAGGUGGAGUUGGACCAGGUGGAGCUGGCACUGGUUAUGGACCAGGUGGAGUUGGACCAGGGGGUGCUGGUACUGGUUAUGGACCUGGUGGAGUUGGACCUGGUGGUGCUGGUACUGGUUAUGGACCAGGUGGAGUUGGACCUGGUGGUGCUGGAACUGGUUAUGGACCUGGGGGAAUUAGACCCGGUGGAUUUGGACCUGCUGGUGCUGGAACUGGCUAUGGACCAGGUGGAAUUGGACCUGGUGGUGCUGGAACUGGCUAUGGACCAGGUGGAAUUGGACCUGGUGGUGCUGGCACUGGCUAUGGACCAGGUGGAGUUGGUCCUGGCGGUGCUGGCACUGGAUAUGGACCAGGUGGAGUUGGCCCUGGUGGUGCUGGCACUGGAUAUGGACCAGGUUAUGCUGGAGCCAAAGCCCGUAAAUAUGGUGUUCCUGGAGGUGCUGGAGGUGCUCUAGGUGCAGGGGGUGGAGCUGGGCUUGGAGUAGGAGGAGGGGUUCCUGGACGGGGUGCUGGACUAACACCUGGUUCUGGAGUUGGAACAGGAGGGGGACCAGGUGGCUUCGGACCAGGCAGUGCUGGAGGAUAUCCUGGGGGACCCAAGUCUCUCAAAUAUGGCCUUCCUGGUGGUGGUGGAGCCCCAGGAUCUGGUGUGGAUGCAAGAUUUGGUGGCACAGCAGCAGGUGGCUAUGGCCCAGGGACUGGUGGAGCACUAGGGACAGGAAGAGGUUAUGGACCUGGUGGAUACGGGCCCGGAGUUGGAUCUGUGGCUGGGACUGGUUAUGGACCAGGUUUAGGUUAUGGUCCAGGACAAGGAGGAGGAUAUGGAACAGGUUAUGGACCAGGAUCAAAAGCUGCUAAAUAUGGUCAAGGUGGAACGGGCACUGGGGGCGUACUGGGAGGUGGAGCAGGACGAGGAGGCUACGAUACAGCUGGAUCUAAAGCUGCCAAGUACGGGCCAACUGGUGGAGUUCUACCUGGGGCAGGAACAGGGACUGGGGUUACAGGAACAGGUACAGGAACCAGCCCUGGUGUAUCUCUGAACGGCACCAGCACCGGCAGCGGACCCAUUGGAGGAGGACUUGGAGUCACAGGGGCCACACCAUCACCAUCAUCAGAAGGUGAUGGUGUGACAGUCAGUGUGAUAGAGGGAUCUGGCAGUCCUGGAGGAGAAGGAGGUACAGGUGUAGCUGGUCGACCAGUGGGUGCAGGAGGUGAUGGAGAUGGCCUGGGUGGAACAGGAAUCCCUAUCAUUGGAGGAGUACCAGGACUCAAUGGGACCACAUUUCCAGGCUCCACUGGAGCGGCCCCUGUUGGGGAAAGCAUUGGUGGUACAGGACUUCCCCCUGGAGGAUCUGAUGGCGAUCUCUCAAGCGGGACACUGCCUGGAGCCAAACCUCUGAAACCCCCAGGUGUCCCCAGAGGAGACACACCAGGUGAAGGAGAUGGAGAAGGAGGUCCUGAUGGAGAGAGAGAGGGUACUGGGGGGAUCAGAGGGGGACCUGCCAGUGCAGGAACAACAGGAGGUGUUUCAGGUGAUGUAACAGGAGCUCAAAGAGGAGACAGUCCUGGCACUGGAACAGGAGUUGGAGCAGGACGAACAGUUGGUGGAGUGGGAGGAACACCAAAACCACCACAAGCAGGAGGACCUGGAAGUGGCCCUGGGUCAGCUGGGGGAGGACCAGGUGGUGUUGGUGCUGGCCCAGGAGGAGCAGGAAGAGGUCCUGGAACUGUUGGAGGAGGUCCUGGGGGAGCAGGCUUGGUACCUGGAGCUGGUGGGCCUGGGAGUGUAGGAACAGGGGUUCCAAAACCUGGGAAAAGCUAUGGUGCUGGUGGAGUUUUGCCAGGUGGAGGUAUCCGUUACCCCACUGGAGCUGGAGUAGGACAAGGAGUGGGAAAACAAGGCAAAGUAUAUGGAACCCGGGGAGCAGGAGGCCAGGGUGGGAUUGGGCCUGGUGGUUAUGGAACUGGUCCUGGUGGAUAUGGUACUGGCCCAGGAAGUUACGGUGCUGGACCUGGAGGAUACGGUGCUGGGCCAGGUGGUUAUGGUGCUGGUCCUGGUGGAUAUGGAGCUGGACCUGGAGGCUAUGGAGGCAGAGGCACUGGUGGUGGUCCAAGUGGUACUGGGUCUCUUGGAGUUGGAACUGGUCAAGGAGGAGUUGGUGGUAUAGGAGGAGGAAUAGGAGCAGGCCCUGGUGGAGUUGGUGGCAGACAGGGGGGAUAUGGUGGUGGUGCAGGGCCUGACGGUUCUAGAUAUGGCACAGGUCCGGGACUGGGUACUGGCACUGGAAAACCAUCAAAACGUUAUGGAGCAGGAGCUGGUGGUACUGGAGUUGGGCCUGGUGGUUAUGGGACUGGACCAGGUGGAGUGGGUUUUGGUCCAGGAGGUUUUGGACCAAGUGGUGCUGGGCCUGGUGGCUCUGCUGCUGGUAGUUACGGACCUGGUGGCACUGGACCAGGUGGAUACGGGCCCAGCACUGCAGGGACAGGACAGGCAGGUGUUGGACCAGGCGGAGUCGGCACAGGACCAGGCAGCUAUGGACCUGGUGGAGCAGGGGGCAUACCUGGUAUUUAUACUGCCGGAGGUCAAGGACUAGGGGCAAGAAAACCACCAAAAUCAGGCUAUGGAUCUUCCUCAAUGGGUGGAGCUGGCUAUGGACAAGGUGCAGGAGUUGGACCUGGUGGAACAGGUACUGGACUUGGCAGAUAUGGGCCUGGUGGUUUUGGACCAAGUGGAGCUGGAACAGGAACUGGAGGUUUUGGUCCAGGUGGUGCUGGCACAGGAACAGGAGGGUUUGGUCCAGGUGGUGCUGGUACAGGAACAGGAGGGUUUGGUCCAGGCGGUGCUGGCACAGGAACAGGAGGUUUCGGACCAGGUGGAGCGGGAAGAGGAACUGGAGGUUUCGGUCCAGGCAGUGCCGGCACAGGAACCGGAGGGUUCGGUCCAGGUGGUGCUGGCACAGGAACAGGAGGUUUCGGACCAGGUGGAGCGGGAAGAGGAACUGGAGGUUUCGGUCCAGGCGGUGCCGGCACAGGAACCGGAGGGUUCGGUCCAGGUGGUGCUGGCACAGGAACAGGAGGGUUCGGUCCAGGUGGUGCCGGCACAGGAACUGGAGGUUUCGGUCCAGGCGGCGCUGGGACAGGAACAGGAUUUGGACCGGGGGGCCAAGGAUUAGCAAAAAGAAAACCUUAUAAAUCUGGUUAUGGAGGAACUGGUUAUGGUGCAGCAGGGGGCUUGGAAGGAGGUGGAGGUGCUGGAACUGGUCCUGGAGGGGUUGGAAUUAGACCUGGCGGCUAUGGUCCAGGCGGAACUGGGACAGGACCAUCCAGUUAUGGCCCAGGCGGGGCUGGACCCGGUGGCUUUGGGCCAGGAGGGGCUGGACCUGGUGGCAGUGGACCAGGAGGUGCUGGGACUGGUGGCUUUGGACCAGGAGGUACUGGACCUGGUGGCUUCGGACCAGGAGGUGCUGGGACUGGUGGCUUUGGACCAGGAGGGGCUGGGCCUGGUGGCUUCGGACCGGGAGGUGCUGGGACUGGUGGCUUUGGACCAGGAGGUGGUGGACCUGGUGGCUUCGGACCCGGAGGUGCUGGGACUGGUGGCUUUGGACCAGGAGGUGGUGGACCUGGUGGCUUCGGACCAGGAGGUGCUGGAACUGGGCCAGGGGGUGUUGGACCCAGUGGGACAGGUGGAUAUGGACCUGGUGGCCAAACACUUGGGAGAAAACCCCCUAAAUCAGGUUAUGGGUCAUCAUUGGGUGGAACUGGCUACCAACCAGGAGGUGGAGUUCUCCCUGGUACUGGAACAGGAGGCAUCAUUGGAGGUGGCCCAGGUACUGCAACAGGAGUAGGGCUAGGAGGUCCUGGAGGAACAGGCCAGGGAGUAGGAGGAAGAGCAGGUGGUUUGCCAGCAGGGGGUGCUGGCCCUGGCUAUGGUGGAGUGGCUGGUGGAGGCUAUCCAGGUUAUACAGGAGCUGGACAAAAAACAAAGGCUCAGAAAGCAGCCAAAUAUGCAGCCAUGCAGGCCAUACUUGGAGGAGGGGGCUAUAGAGGUGCAGGCUGUCAGGGUAAAUACUGUGGCCGAAGAAGGAAGUGAGAGACCAACAGACAGGAAGUGACCUCAUUAAAACAACAGUGGUGCUACUGCAUGAUCCCAGAUUGUAAAUGUCCUACCUUCCACAGAAAAUAAAGCUUCAACACAUUCUAUAUUUGUAUUUGUUUAGAUUUUACGCAAGGUGCUCUUUGAAUAAGAGAAAUUGUUCUACAACUCUGCAUUUUGAGAAAUAAGAUUAAGGAGCUUCAUUUUCACCUGAAACAUCACAGCAAGAGGUGAUUUGAGGGCUGUGAAUUUUCUUUAUCCACACAGUGGAUCAUCUUGUCACUCUCUGAAGAGCUCAACUACCAGGGUGAGAACUACAAAUAUAAAAGAUCAGUUUAUUUUGUUUUCUCUAAGGGCCAAGCUGUGCUAUUACACUUUUGUGUUGGUUUACUGUUGCUGUGUUGAAUUAUCAGUUGUUUUCAAUCCAAGUAUCGCCAUUAUUCCUCCGGGUUAAGGCUGAUACCAAGGACUCCCUCAGGGCAGCUCCUUCAGACCUGUCUGCAUGCUGACACUAUGUUUAAGGAAACUUUUCCAAGGCAGUACAUUCUACAGAAAAUGAGCAGUUUAUUCAUAAUUAUUGUGUAGUGAUGUUGUGACUGUUCAUUAUCUGGUCCUUGAAAAGCAGUGUGUUCAUGUUACAACAUCUGUAAGAUCCUUCUGCUAUGUUCACAUUAAAGGCACUGUUUUAUUUCUACACAACACCAAAUCGUGUAAAAUCUUGGUUAACAUGUUUUUAUUGUUAUUAUUAUUAUUUUUGUUCGAAGGAUGUGUUUGGUAUGAUAUGAUGACAUUCUGUUUUACAUUUGUUGUUGAAGAAAGCAGUCAAUAUGAGGUAAUGUGACAAGAAUACAUGACGGUGCAAGUGACAUCUGAGGAGUACUGAUUACUGUGUUUUUCUCCUGUUGACGUACCUCCUUUAACACUGUUGGUAAAUUGUUCACGUUUAAUAGACAUUUUAAAUUAUGCUGAGAUUUUUAUUUACUCUCAGUUUACAAACUUAAGUGCAUUAAUUCAGUAUUAAAUAUUUCAGUUAGUUAUUUUGUGUGUGGGUGUUUUAAUAACUACAACUUAUGUAGUAGUAUGACAAACAUAAGUGCUCUGAUUUCUGCAUUGUUCUUGAAUGUGCGAAUCACAAUGUAGUCUGUGAUGUUAUCGAGUGAAUCUCAUUUUACAUUCGAGCUUUUGUUUGUGCCUCUAUCAUGCAGCUCAAUGUGUGUUUUUAACAUCUGUGUUUUUUUAUGCCAGCCUAUGAAAAAAUGAUGCACUAUCGUACACUUUCCUGACAAUGCUCUCUGAAAUAAAGAGGUGACCAACAACA